AGUUUAGAAAGUGUCCAUGGAAUUAAAUUGGGGAUGGUAUGCACAGUUGCAGACUUCAUUGAUUGGUUUGGUGGAUGGGAGGUUGUAGUCUGUCUGAACCAAUGGAGGGUGUAGACUUGGGUGUUUGGGGUUAUCUUGAAGGCAAGACAGAUCUUAAAAUACAAGCUCUAGAAGAAGUAGAAGAGCUCAGAACUAAAAGAGCAGAUAAACAGGAUUUCCUUGAUAUUAAAUUCCAUGCUGCUUUGGAUGCUUUCAAUAAAGAUCGAGCAUCUUUGCCUCAACCAUUGCCAAAUCCUUCACCUUUGGCACCAUUGCCUGUAGCUGCACCUGAUCCGCGGACCCAGGAAAUGAUAAAUGAAAAGUUGAAGAAAGCUGAGGAUAUUGCUCCUGCCAGACAGGAGCCUGUUCUGGAUUUGUCAAAAUACACUGCUGCUGAUGUUCGCGUUACUGAUCAAAAGCUACAGGUCUGUGACAUUUGUGGAGCAUUUUUCAGUGUUUAUGACAGUGAUCGACUUUUAGCAGAUCAUUUUGGAGGCAAACUUCAUUUAGGCUAUAUGCAAAUCCAUGAUAAACUAUCAGAGCUUCAGGUAGCUCUAUUCUUCCAUUGAUGUUUUCCAGAUGUCCUUAAGUUUGUAUUGUGAAUAUGUUGGUUUAGGUGCUGGUAUAAUGUUUCUCAUUCUUCUAUAAAGAUUCUCAGUUGGUAUCGUCUGUGAGUUUUUCUGACCUUGGAGAAGAAUAUUAUGCCCCGUUUUCUAAUUUCUUUUGAUUGUUUGUUGAUGCUGGACUUUAAAACGCGACAUUUUCUACCUUGUCUGUGCAUAUUCAGUUUAAAAUGCAUUGUGAAAUGUCUUGGUUCUCAACCAAUUUUGAUAGCUCAGUUUUUGUCUGCUAAAAGUGGGAAAGAAAAUGUAAAAUAUGAAAUUCAAUAAGACAGAAAAAGUAGAAAAAAUGAUUUUGUUCUGGGCAUUUUAAGAAUAGAGGGAAAAAAGGGCUCUUAAAAUCUGAUGAUAAACCUGAUGGAUGGAAGGCCUGGUUCAGUCAAGGUAAGCUGCCUGUGGAUUAUGCCUACCAUUUAAUUCUCUGACAUAAUAGUCUCGUGGUAUGAUAUAUUUAGCUAAAUUGAGGUGGCAUUUAGAUUUUUUAAAAGAAGAGUUCAGCAGCACCUCUUGUUAAUUAACUUUUGUCAGGAAG